CUGCAGUGCCAUGAGAAUGAUAACCAUUUCUUUAUAUCCUGCCUCCUGUUUAUGUCAAUGUAUUUAUUGUAUAUACGAACCUCCGCAAGUUGUGGGGUAGGAACAACAUUAUCCCGCCCCGGCGAAAUUUCUCCCGAGCUUCAAAAAAAAAUAAAAAAUAGUUCAAGCCGCAAUUGUUUAUCAGACAACACCAACACUAAUAUCUAUUUCUAUGCAAUUGGCCUGCGAACUACUACGAGCCGGGAACCUCAGUAGCGCAAUGUAUCGUAUACCUACCUGUUAAAUCUUACUUAAAACUCCACGACUCCCCCAAUCAUUGAUUCCCCAGCUCCAACCACCCACCUCACCUCACCGCAACCAUGGCGGCCCCCGUCCUCCCUCUCCCCCAAACGAAACUCCCCUCUAUCCCUUCUACCCGCCUAACCCCCGAACAACAAUACUGGCGCUCUUUUAAGAACCCUCUUCUCCUCCCCUCCCCCUCCAAUAGCCCCAUAAACCACAUCUCCCAACCCUUCGCCUCCUCCUUCACCUCCUCAACCACCAACCCAACAGCAGCACCCCCAGACCUCUUUACCGUCGCAACCGGCGCCCGCGUCCAACUCUACUCAAUCCGCACCCGCAAGCUCCUAAAAACCAUAACCCGCUUCGACGAUAUCACCCGCUGCGCCUCCGUGCGCGCCGACGGCCGCAUCCUCGCCGCCUCCGACGACAGCGGCACCAUCCAGGUCUUCGACAUCCACUCGCGCGCCAUCCUCAAGACCUGGCGCGAGCACAAACAGCCCGUCUGGGCCGUGCAGUUCUCGCCCGCGGAUCCCACUGCGCUGCUCAGCGCGAGCGACGACCGCACCGUGCGCCUGUGGGAUCUGCCGAGCGAGAGUAGCGUGCGGACUCUGCUGGGUCAUGAGGAUUAUGUGCGGUGCGUGGGGUUUAUGCCUGCGGCUGGUGGGGGCAGGGGGACGGAUUUGCUCUACUCGGGUGGAUAUGAUGGGCUGGUGAAGGUCUGGGAUUCGCGGGCGGGCCCGGGAGGGAGGAGUGUGAUGACGUUUAAGAUGCGGGGGCCGGUGGAGAGUGUGUUGCCGUUGACGGCGGGGACGACGAUGCUUGCUGCGGCGGAAAAUAAGAUUGCGGUGUUGGAUGUCGUUGCGGGGAAGCCAUUGCAUGUUAUCAAGAGUCAUCAGAAGACGGUCACGGCGCUGUCGCUAGCGUCGGGCGGGAGGAGGGUUGUCAGUGGCGCGCUGGAUGGACAUAUGAAGGUGUUUGAGACCACGGGGUGGAAUGUGGUGGGCGGGAGCAAAUAUCCCUCGCCGAUUUUGUCGUUGGGCGUCAUUGCCACGGGGUCGGAUAGGGAGGACAAGCACAUCGCCGUCGGCAUGCAGUCUGGUCUGCUAUCCAUCCGCACGCGGUUAUCGGGUGAGCAGAAGGUGCGCGAGCGCGAGCGGCAGAGAGAGAUGCAGGCGCUCCUCGACGGGAAAUUAGACGAGCACGACAAACGCGUGGCGAAGCAGCAGAAAAAGCGCGGAAAGGGGUGGGAGAAGCGCCUGCGCGGUAUGGAUUUUGUCGGGGAAGGGAUUGAUAUCGUCAUUGACGCGCAGGACUCGGCGGCCUCGACCCGGAAGCGUAAGCGGGAACAGCCCUGGGAACUCGACCUGCGCAAAGGCCGCUACGCCGCUGCUCUCGACGCCGUCCUGGCCUCCGCCAAUAGCAACAAUAGCAAUAAUAAUAAUAAUAAGAGCACCGCGGCGAAUAGCAAACUGAACACCCUAACCCUCCUCACGGCGCUGCGGCACCGCUCCGCCCUCCGCGCAGCGCUCAGCGGGCGCGAUGAAGUCACGCUGCAACCCGUGUUGAAGUGGGUGUAUAAAUCCAUCACGGACCCCAGGGUUGUGGAUAUGUGUGUGGAGGUUGCGAUGAAUAUACUGGACAUCUACUCGGGGAAUUUGGGCCAGUCGGCCAUUAUUGAUGGGAUGGUUGAGAGGUUACAUGCGCGGGUGCGGGAGGAGGUGGAUCGGGCACAGCAGGCGUGGAUGACGAAGGGGAUGUUGGGGAUGUUGAGUGUUUCUUGAAAUGUUGAUUUUGGUUUCUUUUUUACGUGCUGUUGGGAUAUCUCAUUUUUAUCGGAUAGGUGUUUGGGAGUUUUGGAUCCCCCGUUUUUUAUUUCCCUCCCACUACAUACUCGAGUGCAUAGUGCAUAGAUUUAUGUUUCUGUUUCCGUUUUUAGCGAAUUCUGCUGGAUGAAAAGGAGGAGAAAAAGCAACAGUGUUCAUAAUAUAGAUUCUGUUCUGAAAUAGCAUCCCCGGCCUAUGUGAAGCCAAGAGUCAUCAUAAUAAUUGAUUAAAAAAACAUCCACCUCAAGGCCCUAGAAAGGAGGGCCGAGACAGAUAUAUAUGAGAAGAAGACAUCGAGAAAUGAAAAUCAUAC